GGAAACAUGGUGGGACUCAAACCCUCAGAUGUUCCUCCUCCUCUGGGGGUAAAGAUGGCAAGUGCUGGAGCAGCAGCAUGUGUGGCUGACAUUGUCACCUUUCCUCUGGACACGGCUAAAGUCAGACUACAGAUUCAGGGAGAGAAGAAGGGAGUGGAGGGCAUCCGCUACAGAGGGGUGUUUGGAACAAUCAGCACCAUGAUCCGAACAGAGGGGCCCAGAUCUUUGUACAAUGGGCUGGUGGCUGGACUUCAGAGGCAGGUGUGCUUUGCCUCCAUCAGGAUCGGCCUCUACGACAACGUCAAAAACUUCUACACCGGUGGCAAAGACAAUCCAAGCGUGCUGAUGCGGAUCCUUGCUGGCUGCACAACAGGUGCCAUGGCCGUAUCGUUUGCACAACCCACUGACGUGGUUAAGGUUCGAUUCCAAGCCCAGAUGAACCUGGAUGGUGUGGCUCGUCGCUACAACGGCACAAUGCAAGCGUACAGACACAUCUUUCAAAACGAGGGAUUACGUGGACUCUGGAAAGGAACACUACCCAACAUCACCAGAAACGCACUGGUCAACUGCACAGAGCUGGUUACCUACGACCUGAUCAAAGAGGCCAUUCUUCGACACAAACUGAUGUCAGAUAACCUCCCGUGUCACUUUGUAUCUGCAUUCGGAGCGGGCUUUGUUACCACGGUGAUCGCCUCCCCAGUAGAUGUGGUAAAAACCAGAUACAUGAACUCUCCGCCAGGCCAGUAUAAGAGUGCUAUGAACUGUGCAUGGACCAUGCUGACUAAGGAGGGGCCCACUGCUUUCUACAAAGGAUUUGUUCCAUCAUUUCUGAGGUUGGGGUCGUGGAACGUUGUGAUGUUUGUCUCGUUUGAGCAAAUCAAGCGGGCCAUGAUGGUCACAAAGAAGAGGAUUGAAGCAGCUAACUGAGGCCUAGCUGGAGUAGGUCGGAACAAGAAGGAAUGUCUGUUUUCCUAAAAAUUGAGACAUUUUUAUUUAACUUUACAUGUAUAAUUCACCUUUUGUCUGAGUCGUUAGCACCUGAAGACCUGCUGGGUGAUACCUCCUAAACAUGUGCACACAAACAUCUGUACCAUGAAUGUAAAAUUUGUUGCUGUAAAUCUUAAAUAUAGUUGAUGUUUUACA